CCGGGGCCCGCGGCGAGCAGCCAGGGAAAGCAGCAGAGGUGUGAGGGGGAGGUUUGGGCGGGGGAGCUCCCGAGGCGUGGGGCAGGGCACGGCUCAGCUGUCCUUGGCUGUAUCUUUAAGGCGCUGUCCCCGCCUUCUCCCCCCGGUUCAGGGGGCCCGAAACACAGCCCUCCGCCCCUCCCCUAGCCUGACUGUGCGCGCCCGGGCAGCCGUCACGCCGCAGGUGCGGAGCGGAGCUGCACAAGCCGAGGCUGCUGCUGCACCGGCCGGGAGGGAGCUGCGGGCGCCGGAGCGAGGCAGCCCCUUGCCGCGGCCAGAGCCCGAGCCGGGCCACCGGGCAGCGAUCUCCCUAGGGGCGGCAGCGCGGCUGGGCGCGGAGCAUGUCUGUGGUGACCGGGGGCAGCGAGCCGGGUGCCGCUGGGGGAGGCGGCGGGAACCGGGUUUUCUUCCAGAGCCCCCGCGGUGGCGGUGGUCGCGGCGGCGGCGGCUCCUCCCGGGAGGACUCGGUCUCCGCCCCGGCGGCGGCGGCGGCGGUGGUGCAGGUUCAGCAGCAGCGGCGCCACCAGCAAGGCAAAGUGACGGUGAAGUACGAUCGGAAGGAGCUGCGGAAAAGGCUGGUGCUGGAGGAGUGGAUCGUGGAGCAGCUGGGGCAGCUGUACGGCUGCGAGGAAGAAGAGAUGCCAGAUGUAGAAAUUGACAUUGAUGACCUUCUUGAUGCAACUAAUGAAGAGGAGAGAGCUAUCAAAUUACAGGAAGCUCUUGUAGAUUGCUACAAACCAACAGAGGAAUUUAUCAGAGAACUGCUAACUCGGAUAAGAGGGAUGAGAAAGCUAAGCCCCCCUCAAAAGAAGAGUAUAUAACUACUCAAAUAGUAGCACUCCUACAAGAAACCUAGCAAGGGAAAUGGGACUUUGACUACAAGACCUUUAUUAAAAUAGAAUUGUCUUUCCGAGCAACUUUUGUUUGGUUUGGUUCAGUUUUGACAUUUACUCAAGGGAGUCCUAUUUCAUGUGCUUUUAAGGGUUUUCUUAAGUGUCAAUUUUUUUAUCAAGGAUACCAACAUUUUUGGAUGCUGCUCAACUAUCCUACUAAAGGAUUAUUGAACCAGGUGAAGAACCCAGGCAUUAGUGACCACGCCAUAGCAAUGAAGGGCAGCAAUCCCACAUGGUGAAUCAGAAGAGCAUGUAAACUUGCAGAGCUAGAAGAAUUGCCUUUUUAUUUUCCCCUAGCGACUAGUUGGAUAACAUUUUUAGUUGGUUGUACAUUUAACUCAUGGAUGUCAAGUUUCUUGUGCUUGUAUGUACAUAAGUUGUAAAGUGGGGGUGUGAAUACUGUUUCACGUGGCCGGAAGGGGAGUUGUUACAGUAAACUAUUUAAAUGGUGGCUGAAGCAAACGUGUUACCAGAGGGCAACCGUUUAGAUUACCAAAAUGAGUGCUGCCAUUUUAUAAAUCCAUUUUAAAGCACCGAGGUGAAGAAUUUCAGCAUAUCUUCUCAUACAAAAAGCAACAUAUGAGAACUGGGGAGUUUCUUAAGGGCUUAAUUUGUAGACUUCUAAUUGUUUUAUUGACUUUGAUGCUUUGCCAGAUCAUUUCCUCUUCACCUCACGGUGUGUUAGAGUUGUAUUAAUCUACUGUAUAAGAGCCUGACGUGAUACCUUGAGAAAUGUCAAUCACCAUCUAAAAAAUGUUUCACAGUGUGGGGGAAAGAAGUGCUACCAGAACAAACUAAAAGCACUGUUUUGCAUUGGAGGUUUUAAUGUAGAUCCCCCUCUCAAUAAGGAACAGUGUAGCAUUUGUUUAUAGCUCUGUCCCCAGAACUAAGGGGGACUUGUUAGUUAUGGGUCCUCCUUUCUUGUGAAAGCAAGAAUGGAAUACUUUCAGUGGAUCCCUGACACUUCUUAAUUAAGGACAUUUUCCAGAUGUUCCGUAAACUACCAUAUGCCAGUAGAUGAAGUUAGUCAGGCAUUUUAUAUCAAAGGUGCUCUGAACAUAUUUUUAUUUUUAAAAAUAAGAAAUACAUGUUUGUGAAUUUUAUGUAUGCUGGCAAGCUUUUUUAAAUGUAUUUAAUUUUGUAAUGUUUAUCAAUGAUUUUAUUUACCAGAUAUUUACUCAAAUAAAUGGAACAACUUGUGA